GCCGUUCUGUCAUAGCAUAUGAAGGGGACGUGGGGCAGGGGGCUCCCAAGGACUGCGUCUGAUGAUGUCGAUCGGCGCUGACUCAGACUCAGACGGUAGCGCAGUGUGACUCACAUUCCCCUGACCGGGGCGCGGUCACCGUGAGUCGUCGGCGCCGACGACGGUCGAUUGUUCGAUUUGUCUGUGACCGGCCGGCCGACGCCCUGCCGCGGCCCGCCGCGCCGCGCCGCACUGCCCUCCGUCCCGCCGCGCGCGCCGGCAAUCAGCCAAUCAGCGGCGAGCGCGCCGGACGCGGCGGGCGCCCCGGGCUCGGAGGUUAUAAAGCAGCCGGCAACGCGGCGCACGCGAGAGAAGGGUUUCCGUCCGCCUAGCGCCGUAGCACCGCCUGGCCAGGGAAGCGUCUCUUUGUUCUGCUUCUUCACCCCACAGCACACCAAAUCAGCAACAUGCGCGAGUGCAUCUCUAUCCACAUCGGCCAGGCCGGCUGCCAGAUGGGUAACGCCUGCUGGGAGCUCUACUGCCUCGAGCACGGCAUCCAGCCCGAUGGCACCAUCCCCUCGGACAAGUCGCUCGGCUCCUCCGACGACAGCUUCAGCACCUUCUUCGCCGAGACCGGCGCCGGCAAGCACGUGCCGCGCGCCGUGUUCGUCGACCUGGAGCCGUCCGUGGUGGACGAAAUCCGCACCGGCGUCUACCGCCAGCUCUUCCACCCGGAGCAGAUGAUCUCCGGCAAGGAGGAUGCCGCAAACAACUACGCCCGCGGCCACUACACCAUCGGCAAGGAGAUCGUUGACAUCGUGCUGGACCGCAUCAGGAAGCUGGCCGACCAGUGCACCGGCCUGCAGGGCUUCCUGAUCUUCCACUCGUUCGGCGGCGGCACCGGCUCCGGCUUCACCUCGCUGCUGAUGGAGCGUCUCAGCGUCGACUACGGCAAGAAGUCGAAGCUGGAGUUCGCCAUCUACCCGGCGCCGCAGGUGGCCACGGCCGUGGUGGAGCCGUACAACUCCAUCCUGACCACCCACACCACCCUGGAGCACUCGGACUGCGCCUUCAUGGUCGACAACGAGGCCAUCUACGACAUCUGCCGUCGCAACCUGGACAUCGAGCGUCCGUCCUACGCCAACCUGAACCGUCUGAUCGGCCAGAUCGUCUCCUCCAUCACGGCCUCGCUGCGCUUCGACGGCGCCCUGAACGUGGACCUGACCGAGUUCCAGACCAACCUGGUGCCCUACCCGCGUAUCCACUUCCCGCUGGUCACCUACGCUCCGGUCAUCUCGGCGGAGAAGGCCUACCACGAGCAGCUCUCCGUCGGAGAGAUCACCAACGCCUGCUUCGAGCCGGCCAACCAGAUGGUCAAGUGCGACCCGCGCCACGGCAAGUACAUGGCCUGCUGCAUGCUGUACCGCGGUGAUGUCGUGCCCAAGGACGUCAACGCCGCCAUCGCCACCAUCAAGACCAAGCGGACCAUCCAGUUUGUCGACUGGUGUCCGACCGGCUUCAAGGUGGGAAUCAACUACCAGCCGCCAACCGUGGUGCCCGGCGGCGACUUGGCCAAGGUGCAGCGCGCCGUCUGCAUGCUGUCCAACACCACUGCCAUCGCCGAGGCCUGGGCCCGCCUGGACCACAAGUUCGACCUGAUGUACGCCAAGCGCGCCUUCGUGCACUGGUACGUCGGCGAGGGCAUGGAGGAGGGUGAGUUCUCCGAGGCUCGCGAGGAUCUCGCCGCUCUCGAGAAGGACUACGAGGAGGUCGGCAUCGACUCUGCCGAGGGCGAGGCCGAGGGAGACGAGUACUAGAUUUGCCGAGUGCCGUUCGGCCGCGAUCUCAAUUCCACUUCACGCGCCUGUUCCAUUCCGUUGUCCUGUGGAAAUACAGCUUGCUUUCAAUAGUA